CCAGCCCGACCGCCAGCAUUAACGGAAAGGGAGCGCGGGCGCAUGCGCGACAGUCAGGCGCGCGGGAGGGCGGCUCUGGAUAGCCAGCUCUGGAGCGACACCGCCGGCCAGCAGCGGCGGGAACAACAACAGCUGACGUCAUGGGCGGGGAGGCUCCAGCUCCAGCUCCUCCCCCUUCCCCGCGCCUGCCUGGUGCCGGCGGCCGCGAUAGGAGCUUGUGUUGGGUACCAGACAUGGCCGUGGUCACUGCCGAUGCCGCCCUUGCUGCCGAAGGGCAGGAGCCUCUCCUCAGCUCAGCAGGGGAUGACGAGAGCAGCUCACCACGUUGGUGAUGAGUGAAAGUUGCACUCACCUCGUGGCUGCUGUAAAAUGGUUUGGUCUCAGUGAAGAUGCCAAAGAAUACUGUGCACAUCUUUAAAAAUCUGUCAGCUGUUGGCAUGAUUAUAGGGCAAGCUGCACUCUAGACCCCUUUCAGUCUUUUAGGUCUGCCCUCCUCAAUAGAGCCCUGCAAACCAACCUAAAUUUGAUGGGACCUGACUACAAGUGUGGGGUCCAGGUAAGGUCAACUGCAACAACCAGACCCAUUCAGGGUCAGUUUGGCGUGCCUCCUCCUGCCUAUGGGAUCUCCACAGCCACAGUUGCAUGCACUGCUCUGACUGCUACUGCCACCUCACUGUGCAGUGUAUGCAGCAGAGUGAGUGUGACAAGGAGUCACAGCGUUUCUCAUCCCACAGUACAUACAGCAAGCAAGAUACAGUAGGAGCAGGGGGCACAGCCUCCGGCACACACAGCCACCACCACACUGACCCCAUGGGCAGGAGAGGUGAUGGUGGUGCUGACUCAAGUUUGGUGGGGAAAGAGUUGGGCUGGGUGGGCUUGGGUCUGAGUAGGGCCUAAAACUUAGGCUUGGCUUCCUGCCUGUUUCUCAAAGGUGGAACCAACCACUCUGCGACUGGCAGUUUGGGUGGUAGCCCACUUGUUUCCCAACUGCAUUAACAUGAGAGGAACAGAUGUGUUUGGCACCUGUAAGCCCUUUUCCUCCGGGAGCCUGUGGCAGCUGCUGAUUGAAGUGACUCAAAAUAGCUUCUUCAAAACAAAGCAUUGUUUUAUUCAUUCAAAGGUAGGUAGCAUGCAGAGCAAAGAGUAAAAACAAUAGAGGCCUGGGUGCAUACUUCCCCUAUCUAAACCUUAAUGUUUCCUUGCAAGCUUUGGAGUGUUCCAUUCAGCCCAGUUACCUCCAUCUCUAGGUUGGGAGGAGCAGAUGACUUUGAUGCAUUCUUUCUCUACUUUUAUGUGUUUUUUUUCAGCAUCUGGGCAGCUGCUGAGAACGACCUCAAUCACUCUUCUUCCCUAGGCCAACAUCUGUAAGGUUUUAGUGUCCCCUUUAAGUCUAGGCUCAGGCCUCAGAAAAGUAAAUCUUGCUAGUGUCAAUGAAGCCAGAUAUGGAGAUGUUGUGGAAACACAACAGCAUUAUAGGAGUAGGUGGAGGUCCAUUCGUAUUAUGUACCUUACAAUGUUUCUCAGCAGUGUAGGUUUUUCAAUUGUAAUUAUGUCAGUAUGGCCAUAUCUGCAAAAGAUUGAUCUGACAGCAGAUGCAAGUUUCUUGGGAUGGAUUAUUUCUUCAUACAGUCUUGGACAAAUGAUAGCCUCACCUCUGUUUGGUUUAUGGUCCAAUUACAGACCAAGAAGAGAACCACUUGUUGUUUCAACUGCCAUUUCUGUGGCUGCUAACUGCCUUUAUGCCUAUGUCCAUUUGCCUACUUCACACAACAAAUACUAUAUGCUGGUUGCUCGUGCCCUUGUGGGGUUUGGAGCAGGAAAUGUAGCAGUAGUUCGAUCAUACAUUGCUGGUGCCACUUCUCUUACAGAAAGAACUAGCGCCAUGGCCAACACCAGUGCUUGUCAAGCAACAGGAUUCAUACUAGGACCAGUUUUUCAGACUUGCUUCUCUCUGAUUGGAGAAAAAGGAGUGACAUGGGAAAUCAUUGAUCUCCAGGUGAACAUGUUCACAGCACCAGUUCUACUGGGAGCUUUCCUAGGAGUUAUUAAUAUUAUUCUAAUCUUUGCUAUAUUCAGAGAACAUCAAGUGGAUGACAUGGGAAGACCGUGCAAAAGCAUCAAUUUUGAAGCAGAAGAAAGUGAUUAUGUGGAUCAGGAUGCCCAAGGCAACAUUGACCAGGUUGCUGUUGUAGCAACCAACAUUCUUUUUUUUGUCAUUUUGUUUGUUUUUGCUGUCUUUGAAACCAUAGCUACUCCAUUGACAAUGGAUAUGUAUUCCUGGACCAGGAAAGAAGCAGUUUUUUAUAAUGGAAUUAUCCUUGGUGCAAUUGGCAUUGAAUCAGUCAUUGUCUUCAUGGUGGUUAAAGUAGUUUCUAAACAGACUGGUGAGCGUGCUAUACUCUAUGGAGGCCUACUGAUUAUCUUGGUUGGAUUCUUUAUCUUGUUACCUUGGGGAAAACAAUUACCAAAUAUCCAGUGGGAAGAUAUAAAGAAUAAUUCCGUUCCCAGAAUCAUCUUCAGUGAAAUGUUUACACCUUUCUGGAAGCUCCAAACAACACAACUACCAUCCAAUCACACAGUAGAGCCAACAGGAUGCUCUGUUGUGCAGCCCUGGUGCCUGUACACUCCAUUGAUCCACUUGGCCCAGUAUAUAACCUCUGAUAUACUGAUAGGAUUGGGCUAUCCAGUCUGUAAUGUCAUGUCCUAUACUUUAUACUCAAAAAUUCUAGGACCAAAACCUCAGGGUGUCUACAUGGGCUGGUUAACUGCCUCUGGAAGUGGAGCACGUAUACUGGGCCCAGUGUUUGUGAGCCAAAUAUAUACUCACUUGGGACCUCGUUGGGCAUUCAGCUUAAUCUGUGGAAUAAUUGUAUUCUCUCUCUUACUCCUGGAAGCAGUGUACAAGAGACUUACUGCAUUUUCAGUCAGAUAUGGAAUGAUGCAAGGGUAGAUUUAUUUUUAGCUAUGUAAAACGAAAAUCAGACAUAUGUAAUUGUCUUGUUUUUAAACAAGGGUGCCUCAAUACAGGCCUAUAGAGCUGUACUUGUAACUGAGCAGUGGAGCCUGUGAAGUAUGCAUAGCCUAAUCACCGCUACAUCUUGAUUAAUGAAAUUAUGCUAAGAUUGCAUUCUUCCUUGAUAGCAAAAGUAGGAAAGCUAUGUUUGAUCACAAUACAGCGCUAGGGUAGUGCAUGCUGGAGUUCGUAGUUUCCAAAAGUGUCAGACCUUUGUGUUAAACGAAAUGGCAACCGUAGGCCCUAGUUGUAGGAGUAUAGUGGCCAUAUUGUAAGCACACCCUUUUUAAAAAGAAAAAAAAUGCUGCCUUGAUUCUAUGAAUCAGGAUUAUUAAAGCUUCUUGUAACUACAAGGUUGACUGAACCAUGUGCACUUUGAAUCAAAACACCUACCUCUUUUAAUCAAAUAAGUGAAUGUUUGUUUGUUUUCUGAAGUGCAGAUUGUUUCAAUGAAUUAACCAACAGCGAAUAGGAAAAAUAAACAUUUUAUUCUAACAAGACACCCGUAAUUUAUUGUGAAAUAGAUAUGGGUGGCAACUAUUCAAAAUAUUCCAACAGCUUUGAGUGAUUUAAACUGAAAUAUAAACACUCAGGCUGGGAUUUUCACAGGAACAUCUUUGAAUUUGGUGUCCAACUCCGAUUGAAUUUUAAUGGGUUUUGGGUAUCUAACUCUUAGUUUCCUGGAAAAUCCCAGUCUAAAAUGAGUUAUUUGCAGAUCAUAAUUUAAUGCAUAAAAGUUCAAGAAUGUGAUUUAUAUAAUUACACAAUCACAUAAUAAGUUAUGACAAGACAUCAAAUCAGAUUCACUAAUGGAUAAGAAUUAUGCAUUCUAAACUGUAUUUCAAACAAAGAAGUAUCCCUCUGUAGCUGAAAUUAGAGCCAUGGCUGCUCUUCAGUAUGUCUAACUGUACGCUGAUUUUAGCAUUACAUUUGUAAUUGAGUAUCUAUAAGCCAAGGUUAGAACACAGACUAGUGAAAUAAAGUUACUUUAAAUGCUGACUGAAGGGAGGUCAUAAAAUUUCCAUUCCCUCUGCAGAAUCAAGAGCAUUUAAAAUAGGAAAGGAGCUUGCUCUCAAAGAAGUUUCUGUACUACAGAAUAGGAUACUUUAAGCAUUCCAGCACAAACUCGCUAAUAAAAUAACCAAUUAAUGUUAAGAAUUCUCUUGAGGGAAGAGUUUUGAAAUGGUGAUAGAGAACCUGUGUUUAGAGGGCCACAACAAACUAAUGACCCACCUUUCUGAUUAAAGCCAAGAGUAAGUUAUAGCUUUCAAAGAGCAACAUGAUUAAAUAUUUUACUAUAAUAGUAAUCAGUUAAGUCACUUUGUGUUUGUGUUAUGGGUUAAUAAAAUUACCUCAUGCAAUAUAUGGGCUAUGUGGUUCUUUAGGGCGGUGGGGCACAUACCCUGAAGCGUAAGCUUUAGCUAGUUCUGUGGGAAGUAUCCAAGGAGGGUUUAGUGUUGUAUUUUAAAGUAUCUUUUACUUAACUAGAUUUUUAACUUAAAUUUAAAAUUUUAGUCACCAGCCUCUUUAUAAAACAUGAGUUAGAGAUAGCUGUAUAGGACACUCCUGCUCAAAAGAUGGCAUUGUUCAAUGUAUAUUAUCUAUUUAUGAGUUGAUUUCUUCCUUCCUUGAGAGUCAGAAGAAAAUGAGCUCUAGAGCAGUGGUUCUCAACCUUUCCAGACUACUGUACCCCUUUCAGAAGUACCUCCAAAUUUCACCUCAUUUAAACUACUUGUAUUUUAAUGUCUGAUUUAGUAAGCAAGUAUUGCAGCAUGCUAUUACUGAAAAAUUGCUUACUUUUUCAUUUUUACCAUAUAAUUAUAAAACAAAUAAAUUGGAAUAUACUGUACUUACAUUUUUAUUGUGUAAUAUAUAGAGCAGUAUAAACGAGUCAUUGUCUGUAUGAAA